CAUACAACUGAAGUUAUAAUGGUUGCACAUGGUCCAAGAAUAUUAAUUUCCAAUUUCUUCUUACAAACUCCUAUGAGAGCAUAGUGUCAAGGGAGCUAGAUCACUGUGUAGGAGUUUGAUCUUUCCCAGGAAAACAGCAGAUCAGAGGGUGGAUCCAGAUACUUAUGGUUAGAGGGGGAGCGCACUACUUUUAGGCGAGAAUUGUGAGUGGUGGCUUCCUAUCCCAUGGGAAUAGAAGAAGCUAAAUGGAAGAGUCCAUUAUUGGUAUUGGUGAAAUUGGAGCUAUUGAUUUGUGCCAUACUCGGUGGGGGAAGCGAGCAGUUGCAGUUAGCAAUAGAGACGGCAGCCAUGAUGGAUAAAAAUAUUCUCUGGAGAGUGUGGCCAUAAUCCCCAUGGAUAUAAUUCCAGACAGUUGACGAUAGUGCUUUUUGACUAUGUAAGAUUUAUGAGGGUGGUUCGGAUAUUGUGAUAUAGUGGCUCAAGGUGACAGCUUCUUAUCAUCACUUGAUUUUAGUUCUAUUGUUGCACCGCUUAAAACCGUCAAGAUUUCGUUCGCAAACUUUCGCAGCACUUGGGACGGAGGGAUGAACUUUCUACGCAGGAGAUUCAGCUCAGGGGACCUAUCUGGGGAGCUGCGGAAUGAUGAUGAACUUAAUUUUUCGAGACUCAAUUUCUCUAAAAGGGGUCCAUCCCCGAGCGCACCAAAUUCUCCCACCAAAACACAAAGUACUGCUGGAUUUUUCUCAUCAUCUUCAUCUUCCAGUCAACCACACAAACCAGCUUACAAUAAAGACCGAUGCAAAACAUUACUUGUCAUUGAUGAUCAACACACUAAUUGGGCCAAAUACUUCCAGGGUAGAAAAAUAUUUGGAGACUGGGAUGUCAGAGUUGAGCAAGCAGAAUUUAGUGAGAUAAAUCUGGCAUCAUACUCCGAUACAGGUACUAUGGUAGAUAUACAAGUUACCAGGCAGGGAACCAAAGUUGUAAGAUCUUUUAAGCCUGAUUUUCUGCUGAUUCGCCAACAUGUACGAGAUGCCGGGGAGGACUGGAGAAAUAUACUCAUUGGUUUUCAGUAUGGUGGAAUUCCAAGUAUUAACAAUCUACAUGCUUGCUAUAAUUUUCUAGAUAAACCUUGGGUUUUUGCCCAGUUAGUCCAGAUACAGAACCGCUUAGGACACGAGAACUUUCCCCUGAUACAUCAAGCUUAUUAUCCAAACCAUCGUGAAAUGCUCAUCACACCAAAGUUUCCAGUAGUAGUCAAGAUUGGUCAUGCACACUGUGGUAACGGAAAGGUGAAAGUGGAGACCCACCAUCAGUUCCAAGAUAUAGCAAGUGUGGUGGCACUCUCAAAGUCCUACGCUGCUACGGAACAUUAUAUAGAAAGCAAAUAUGAUAUACACAUACAGAAAAUAGGAACGCAUUAUAAGGCUUUUCUACGUAAAUCAAUAUCCGGAAACUGGAAGGCAAAUACAGGGUCAGCAAUGCUGGAACAGGUUCAGAUGAAUGAUAGGUACAAGUUAUGGGUGGAUGAGUGCAGCAAAAUAUUUGGUGGUCUAGAUGUUCUUGUUGUAGAAGCUAUUCAAGGGAAAGACGGCAAGGAUUAUAUUAUUGGGGUGAAUGACUCUGCCAUGACAUUGCUCGGAGAGACACAGGAAGAAGAUCGUAAACUCAUUUCUGAACUAACUCUCUCAAAGAUGCAAGCAACUUUAAAACCAGUCCAGACUUCCACGAAGACAUCAACCAGUAGUUCUGUCAUUGGUUAUACCAUGAAUGGUAAUGGUUCUGGUAUGAGUCUCGGCAGUACAGGGAGCCAGCCUGCUGGUAGACCUCCUCCAGCAACAGCGCAACAACAGCGGCAGCAUCCAGAUCCCAGAGGUCAACAAGGUCAACCAGUACAACAACAACAACAGAUGAAUGGUCGCAAAGAUGUAGAUCUUAGGCAACAGCAAAUAAAUGGACCUCAAUCACAAGGCCUACCCCAUGCCCCACUACCCCAACAACAACAACAACAACAACAAGGUUUGCCCCAUGCCCCAACUCAGCAACAACAGCAGCAACAAAGGCCUCAACCCCAGAGAGAAGGACCUCGAGGUCCACCUCCACACAAUAUGGUGCACAGACCCCCACCCCCUCCCAUGCCAGGUGAGGGACCCCAACCACAGGUGCAGAGGCAGAUGUCAAAGGGCCAGUCGAAAGAUGGGGAAGAUGACACCAUGAAAAACCUGCGUAAAACAUUUGCUGGAAUAUUUGGCGAUAUGUAACGUCGGAAAUAGAUUUAGGAAACCAUAGAACUCUUUUUCAGUUAGAAAACAAAAACCUAUCAGGCCAUUUUAUGCUGUGUUAGGAUGAACUGAUAUAUCAAAACAAUGCAUAAUAAUUAAUAUAUAUAUAUAUAUACAUUGUAAGUUUUGUUAGAAUUGAUGUUUUGUAUACAAGUGCACCUGUUUAUAGAAUAGAAAAUAUGUUACUUGUGAAUUACUGCCAUUUUAUGACUAUAUAUAUAUAUAUAUAUAUAUAUAUACAUACAAUAUUGUCACAUAAUUUUACACAAAUUCUGUUUUGGUUUUGUUUUUAGAUAAAAUAUCUUGAUUGUUGAAAAUGAGAUCUGUGUCCAUGAUGAUUUAUAGUGUAAAGAUUUCAUCAUGAAAUAUAUUAAGGAUUUAUCUAGUUGUGUAUGUCUUAUUUAUUUUUGUAUGUUCUGUUAUUCAAAGUAAGGAAAGAAAUCCAGAAGUGGCAGUAGAAAUGUAGAGAAUAAAUUGAUUGAUGCAAAAAAUGCUGUAGUUGUAUUGAUGAUAUUAUUUUACAGGGUAAUAUAAAUAUUUCUCAUGUCCGAUGUAAGAAACAAAACCUCCAGACUGUCUGUAAUAACAAUGGAUUGCAUUAGAAGUAAAAAAAGAGUAAACUAUUAAAAGUGUUUAUAUGAAUAACACUUUAACAAUUCAAGUUUAAAAUACAGGAGUAUAUUGGGUGGUUAUUACAAGCAGAUAUAGAUAGGAAAGUAUCCAUUUAGGUCAGUUAAGUACCCAAAUUAUUACAUAAAUAUUGUUGACCAAUUACUGCUGUUUGCAUAAUGACCAUUUAAGCAAGUUUUAACAGUAAUAAGUGUAUAAAGUAAAUGGUAGGCAAAAUGCAGCAUCAUAUUAACCACAUUAAGGUAUUUCUUUAAAUGUUUGGACUUGCAUUCAGUCAUUUACAUAAUAGUAUCUUUCUAAUGGUGAACCUUUCUAAUUGUGCAUUUAGAAAUAUUGAACCUUUCUAAUUGUGAAUUUAUAAAUACUGAAGCUUUCUAAUUGUGCAUUUAGAAAUAUUGAACCUUUCUAAUAAUUAUUGUGCAUUUAGAAAUUUUGACCCUUUCUAAUUGUGAAUUUAGAAAUUUUGAACCUUUCUAAUUGUGAAUUUAGAAAAUUUAAUUUUGAACCUUUUCUGAUUGUGAAUUUAGAAAUACUGAACCUUUCUAAUUGUGCAUUUAGAAAUACUGAACCUUUCUAAUUGUUAAUUUAGAAAUACUUAACCUUUCUAAUUAUGCAUUUAGAAAAACUAAACUUUCCUAAUUGUGCAUACAGAAAUACCGAACCUUUCUAAUUGUGCAUUUAGAAUUACUGAACCUUUCUUACUGUGCUUUUAGAAAUAUUGAACCUUCCUAAAUGUGCAUUUAGAUAUAAAGAUUUCUAAUGGUGCAUUUAGAGAUACCAAACAUGAAAAAACUUCAUUCCUAUUAUUUUUUUCUGCAAAAGGAACAGCUUGUAACUUACAUAUUCUCACAUUAUGAGGUAGGUCAUCUGUAUCUAUUUUAGUAUCUGUAAAAUUUUAAUCAUAUAAAGAUGGAAUAGUUUGCCAAAUAUGUGUGCAGCUGUAUUUAUUACCGCAAAAUCAUCAUAUAUAACCAUCUCUUCAGUGUCCAAGGUGCAUGUGAAUGUUGUGUUGUCUGUAAAUAUUUAUUACCCCGUAGCAGUUUCUCAAAAAGUUUGAUUUUUUUAUACAGACUAUAUCUGACAAUGAAGAUAAAUCUUGUCAAGUGUUUGAAAAAAAAAGUUUAUAAAGUAAUAAUUGCGUUAAAACAGGCACACAUUAAGGGAAGGACUAGAUCCUUUACCUUAUUUACAAAACAUAUUUCGACUUAUAUUGAUCGUAAUAUUCAGCAGUGUAGAAGGUCAGAUACAAUAAUGUUAUGUGCAAGAGGUUUUCCUCACUCCCCUAUUAAAUCACUAUGUGUGAGUUAUGUUGUCAGUAAAUGAACCAUAGGGUUUUUUUUCCCAAAGAAGAAUUUCUUUAAUGUCUAUAAUUUAUUGCAUCAAAAAUUGUUAAAGAGCAAACAUUCCAUGACAACAAUUUUCUGGGAGAGUUACAAUAGUACUGCAUCCCAUUGUCCAUUUCUAAGCUUUAAGAUUGCAUUCCAUUGUUUAUUUUCAAAAUGUACAUUGUCUGCUUUUGUACAAAAAUUAGUUACUAGUUUUAUAGAUUUAUAUGAUUGUAAGUUAAUUAUGAUAACAUUUGUGAUUUGAUUAUUUAAACAUUCCUGUUCAUUUAAAAAAAAAAAAGAACAUAUACUAGUAAAAGGGUGGAUAAAACUAUGUGUAUUGUAUUAUAUUGAGGUUUCCUUACUGAAUACAAGUCUGAUAAGAAUGAAAUGAAAACAUUAACAUUCUACCAUGUGAAAAUAUUUUGCAGCAGUUAGGUCACAUAUGGUCCAAUGACUUGCUUUUAAAGAUGGUAUACUGGUAUUAUGGUGUAAGUCCUGAAACCAAAAACUGUUCAAAAAUACUUUCCCUAACAAGCAACACAUUUUAUAUAGCAUUCUGCCCACUUGCAUUUAAUAUUUUGAGUACUGGAAAACCACUUGAUGUGGACAUCAAAAUUAAGCAAAAGUCUGUAUCAUUUUCUGUCCAUCCCUGUAUGAUACUUUAGUGAAUGCAUAAAAUUGUCUCAGUAUACUGAACAGUGACAGAAAUGUGUAUCUGUUGUACAGUCCAACUUUGUUUCCUAGAACUCGGACAGCUCGCACACCUUCCUUAGCUCGAACUUGAUGGCUUGGCAAAAUUCCUCUAUAAUGUAUGUUGUUCUAUCUCGGAUGGCUUGAACAUCGAUGGCUUGAACUCUAGGACUGUAUCUCUGAACUGUACAGUUAUAGUAUUUUACAGAUAACAUGUUUUCGCUUAAACAACAAAAGGCGUGACUUGAAUCUCAAUUGUUGACAAUCAGUUUGUACACUUCAGCAUUGCAAAUUUUUAACCCUUUGUGAAAUUGGUAAUUAAAAGAAAGUUUCUUGGUCUAUAAUUAGGUGAUAGUCUCACCUGUCAGUUUGAUGUAUCUGUAAUUAUCUUAUUUACUAGUCUUCUUAAUUCAGUUAUUAACCUUUAGCCUGCUGGCGGCAAAUGAUUUUGCCUUUGCAACCAGUACAGCCUGCACAUCCGUUCGCUAUUCAGUCACUUAAUUUUCAGUGACGUCCCUUCGAAUAAUAAGUGGUACUGUCCAUAUUGAAUGAUGGACCAGUCCAUUCUAGAAAUUUAGUAGGGUAAAGGUUAAGAUCCACAUAAAAUUUGAAAUAGUAUGCAGUUUAAAAGACAUUUAACUGCUGUAAAGAAAUGCAAUUCCAUAUUCAUAUCAUGUUAACUUACGGCAUGCUUUGUGUGGUAUGUUUUGUGUACUCUUAAUACUACCUAUUUUUCAUCUAGCACAUGCUACUUUAAGAAUUUUUACGACUAAAACAUCUUAUGAAAAUAUUGUUUUACAGUUCUUUCAAAGUUAUGAACAAAAAUGAACUGUUCAACCAAACAGUUUUGAAAAAUGUUUGACAAACCAAUGCUACAUUUAAACCUGAUAAACGUAUUCUCGGGUAACUUAAUAAGUACAGUACUGGUGGGUUUUAGUAUGUUUGUUCUGACCUUAAAUAUCAGAAAGUCAGAAAUUUAAUAUUGAUAUACAUAAUACAGGUAUGGAAUAUGUGCUAAAGAUGCUACCUUGUAAGUCUUGCCUAAUAUAUGCCAUAAAUCUGUGGUCGGCUAGCUCAAACUACAUCUGGCUCAAACAAAUGUCCAUAGGCCCCACAAGUUGAAGUGAACAAAGUUGGACUGUUUAUAAUUCAUUUUGUUCAUUGUUUUACUUUUAGCUGUGAUAUUUGUUUUAAAUCAUUUAACUAUUUGUUGGUUUUGUAGGAAACAUUAUUUAUAACACCAAUUUUUAUAACAUAUUAACUUUAAAGUUACUGCUAGAAGUCUUUCUUCUUAAAUAUCAUUAUCUUGUAGUCAACUUUUCGAUUUCUAGAAAGUAGUUAGCAAUUAAAUGUUUGUAGCGUAAUAUUAAAGAAAAACAAUGUUUGGAGAUGAGGGCUUCAUUGAAUUGGUAAAUGUAGAAAUUGAACAACAUUGGCCAUAUACCAUAUAACAGGUAUUUUUUACUUGCUGCUAAUUUUUACUAUUUUACACGACCAAAUCAGAUUCGUAAAUAUUGGCCUUGUUAGAUUUGCCGCGUAAUGUCAAGCAAACUGGUAGACCUUGUGAUUUCGUAAAUUUUAAAAUCGUAUAUAAUAAAAUAUGUGUUUUUACCCCAAAUCCGUAAACUUUUACAGCAGUAAAAAUAACCCGUUAUACAGUACAUAUUUAAAUGCUACUUUCUGUAGAACAAUGCACUUAUUGGAAUGGAGGCAUAUUAUGUAUUUACACUUGAAGAGCACAGGUUCUUGUUACCCAAUACAUUGCCUAUAAACCUUCUGGUUGAAAGAAACAAACUUGCAAAGAUGGCAGAAAAUUACAUUUGAAUGAAAAACUAAAGAAAGAUUCUUUGCUUUUCAGUUUUUAUGAAAUCAUGGGUGUGAAAUUAAGCCAUUUCAUAAUUUUGGUGUUACACUAGUGUAGUAGCAUUUUGAUGUUAACAUCGUUUCAUGUAUAGAAGAUGUUGGUCGAAUUGACUCGGUCUGUAAAAAGUAGACAGGAACUUUGAUGUUUUAGAAGAAACAGCUAACAUGUGAUAAAGAUAAUAUAUUUGUUCCUCUUUGCGAUAAAUAUUUUAUUUAACUCAAUGAAUAAGAAAAAUAAAUGCUCGGGCAGAGCCCUGCAUAUCACCAUUUUAUUCAGCUAGUUUAAUAAAUUCUCUGUGAAUAGACACCCAUGUAAUAUCCUGUAAUCCUUAAAGAAAGAACAUGAUGAAAUUCUAUUCUAGUUUUGCUUUGCCAUUCAGGAACCAUUAUUACUUUGGUCAUUGACUUGCAAAAUCAAAUCCUAGAAAAAAAGAGCACUACUUCAAGUUUAAAAAAUUUAAGAGACAAACUGGUGUGAACACAAUGUAAAUAUAGUUUUUACAACAUUCAGGCAUGGACCAUUUAUGGGUGGAAAUAAAUAUACUGUUCAAUGUAUUGAUAUUUUGGCACUCAUUUACUGAUUUUAUAUAGAAACAUUUUUCAUCAUGUUUGUUGUAAAUUCCUUAUAUAUAAUGUAUUUUGUUUAAAAAUUUUAUAAGCUGUUUUGUAUAGUUAUUCGUUUUCAAAUUAUGUAAGCCUGCACAUUGCUUGUUUGAAUUAGAAGUGUAUAUUAAACUGUGUAGAUAAUCACAUACAUGUACUCAUUAUAUUUAAAAGAGCUGUUUUACCUGUGUGGAAAAUUUGUCCAUAUAAAUUGGAAAUAUUGAAAAAAUGGAAUUUUAACAGAUGGUUCCCAGUCCUGGAAUUUGUUAUAGUAGAUUGCAAGCUAAGCUUUGUCUAUGUCUAUUUUAAUGGGGGAAAAUGUUGCAGCACACUUUUUCACUAACUGAAUACAUAAAAUAACAGCUUGAAUGACAUACACAUUGAUAUUGCAUAAUGCUGCCAUUGUUACAAAAUAUAUACCUCAUAUUUGACAUUUUAUAGUUAAAAGAAAGUGGAGACCCUAACCUUGUAAACAGUAAUACAAAUGUCUGUUAACUAAUUUUUUCUCACUACUUGUAUAGUUUUACAGUACAGGGCUGUUUACACCAAGAAUAUGCACAAGUUUUCCACAGUGAACAUAGUAUAGAUACAUUCCAGUAAAUAUGUUAGGUAUGUAUAUAUGCCUUGUGACUGUUUAAAAGUAAAAGCUAGUCAGAUUCAUUA